UCUCCUCCCCCUGCUCCACGUCCGAGUUGCUGUGUCCCGCCGCUAGCUCACCUCUCCUCUCGCCGAAGAACAACAAAUACGACAACUUGAAAGUUCCAAACAUGGAAGGCGACAACAUAAUAAUGUCCGCUUGACUCGGGGGAGAUUUUCCAAGAUGCCAGGUCUUUUGUCCGGUCCUGGGAGUCUGACAGUCAUCUGGUUUUUAUCUUGGUCACUGUGUCUCAGUGGUGCUCAGAUUUGGACCAAUGAAGUAUCAGACGUGCAGUAUGGACGACUGGACUCCAAUGUGACACUGGCAUGUGGGAAGCCACAAAUUAACAUACCCGUGGUGUGGCAUCUCAACGACAGCUCAACGUUGCCACGGCACAAAGUAACAUCAAAUGGAUCCUUGGUCCUGUUGCACGUCAGCCAUUCAGCCCAGGGCAACUACAGCUGCUAUGACAACCAGGGGCUCCUCCUUCACGCCGUCAAACUCAGGCUGGGCCAUCCCCCUGGGCUGCUGAGUAUUUCCUGUCGACUUCCUAAUCACACUCAUGUUAGCUGCUCCUGGGUAGAAUCAGUAAAUACCUCUCUUCCAGUCGAGUACAACGCCUCCUUCAGGGGGACUGGUCAGGAGUGGCAGCCAUGCCUAGUGAACGCUGUCCACAACAACUGUUAUGUGGAUCACCCAGCAUUCUGGCUGACUAUUCACACGCUUAGAAUCACUGCCACCAACGCCUUUGGCUCAGAGACAACAUUUUCCCGCAUUCAGUUACACAAACUUUUGAAACCUGACCCUCCAGAGUCGGUGUUGGUAAAGGAGAUAGAAGGCCAUUCCAAGAGACUGAAUGUCUCAUGGAACUUUCCCUCCUCUUGGCAGCAAUAUGAUAAUUUUCCCCUCGUGUUUCACAUUAGAUACAGACCACAUGGAUCUCUAUACUGGUCAGAGGUUUACUCAAGGGAGAGUCCGGUUGUGAUUUUUGACGCCCUGGCUGGCCACCUUCAUCAGGUUCAAGUCCGAGCCAGGGACGACGUGGACUCUGACAGCCAGUGGAGUGACUGGAGUCCUCUGCUUUUUGUUCGGCCGUGGGAAGACUACACCACAUCUGAACCUCCAGAGGAUACUUUUCCGGACUAUAUUUUGCCUUCCAGCACAAAGCCAGAGACCUCUACCACAAAUGCGCACAAUCCAGGUGGUCAAGAUGACGGUAAUUUGGGUUUGGUGAUUUUGCUGGUUUUGUUUGCCGUGGUUAUCAUCGCCACCGUCCUUUCCCUCAUCUUCUUGUUGUGGGUAAGACAGAGGCAGCGUGAACAUGUGACCAAACAGGAACUCACUUCAAUGGUCAAGAUGAAGUCCAUGCCAGUUUGAUGUUGAUUUCAAACAUCGUCUCCUCCUCCAGCCUGUUGUAGGGCUCUACUAAAAAGUCGGCCAUUAUGACAGCACGCUGACUUCCCAUAUUCAAGUGCAGACAUUGCCUCUUUUCUCAUACCCCUCAUGCUAUUUGGAUGUCAUGCACGUCACACUGUCGCAUCACUCUGAGGCGGCACAGGAAGGCAGCUGAGAACAAGCAGGCAACUCGAGUCCUCCAGACGCCAUGUAUUAGUCUGAUUUGUUUGGGGUUUUUUUGGUUGCAUGGUAUAUGUUUUGUUUUAGUUUAGUUUUUUGGGUGAUGUUCCUUUUUGUGAUACCUCUUCCUGAUCAUCCAUCCACUGAAGGGGUGCAAGUGCACGACACAGGCAGGGUGAAAGAGAGGGACAAAGCCGAGGAAAGCCUGUUCACACACCACCAGCGUUAGAAGAACAGAGAUGAAGUAGGAAAACAACAUCAGUUUGUGCGACGCUGCUGCAUAGUUCACGCAGAAACAAACCCAACAAUGUUGUCAAUAAUAUUCCCGAAAUACUGUUUGGAAGUGUAGUCCAGGUGCACUUCUUGUCAUCAAUAUGGAGACAUCCUGCGCUUAAAUAGCAUUUUGGUCCUGUCGACUGAGGAUGCAUUGUAUUAGCAUCGAUACUAUUCGAUACUAGAACUCCGUUUGCUUAAAUAUGCAACCACGCCAAGAGAAUGUCAGCAAAUGUAGCUAGAAGAAUAUCAGUGAACACACACAGGCGCUCAGCCUGACGCGUUCACGGCUACACAGACAGCCGGACAACACAGAACUCGUAGCAUCGCACACAACUUCCAGGUCGAUGGAUUAUCAUUAUUGAUGAUUUCACACCAGGCGUGAAUGAACUCCCAAGUCUCUACCUGCAAGCAUCAUAUUGCAGCCACCUGAAAGUUUUGUGUAGGGUUUGCGAGGUCCGACUGUUUUGUGUGGCCGUGAAUGCGUCGGGCGGAGUGUGUGUGUGUGUGUGUGUGUGUGUGCGCGUGCGUGCGUGCAGCACGAGUGUGGACAACGACUGCAUUGCAUGUGUGGAGACAGUUAUGUUUGCUGGUGCUCUUUUGGGUAUAUCUGCUGAUAUUCUUCUAUCUACAUUUGCUGAUGUUCUUCCAGCUACGUUUGCUGAUGUUCUUCUAGCUACGUUUGCUGAUGUUCUUCUAGCUACGUUCGCUGAUGUUCUUCCCGCUACAUUUGCUGAUAUUCUUCUAUCUAAGUUUGCUGAUAUUGUUCUAGCUACGUUCGCUGAUGUUCUUCCAGCUACGUUUGCUGAUAUUCUUCUAGCUACGUUUGCUGAUAUUCUUCCAGCUACGUUUGCUGAUGCUCUUUUGGCUACGUUGACUGAUAUUCUCCAAGCUACGUUUGCUGACAACAUUAAAGCACAGACGUGGAUGGACAUGGAUCGGAAAUCCAUCCCGGCGAUUUUGGAAAUUUCCGAUAUGCCAAUUACGCUGGAAUCAGAACCCAAUACCUACUGCUAUUGGCAACAGCCAUAUUUUGCUCUUGCACCCUCCCGUUUUAAUAGUUCAGUUUUAACUUUCAUUAUUUUUUUUUAAAAACAAAUAAUGGAUAACUUGGAAUUUUUUUUUUUAAAUGUUCUCAUAUUUUCACACUCAAAUGUUGGCAGGUAUGAAACCCAAGAGGGGUGUUCCAGUGCAGUCGGUAUUAUACACUACUUUCAAUGGCAUUAUGGUAUCAGAGCGAGAUGAAAGGAUCUCAGAUGUUUGUAGAAUGCACCGAUGGCCCUUAAGAGGCUCCACCCCCUUGCUUAUUGUGGGUGUGUCUUCUGCCCACGGCGGUGCGCCGGGUUUGUGCUGUAGAACCCUAAUUGCUUUAAGGAUACCGUAGGUGAUCCUCUAAGUUUGACUGCAGCAGAACGCUGAUCAUCAAAGCUCCCCUUUAGGAAAUAAUCGAAAGCGUCUGCCUCAGAGUCAAGCUGAAAUCCGCUGAUCAUCAAAGUUUCCCCUUUAGUAACUAAUCCAAUGAAUUCGCUUCAGAGUCAAGCUGCAGGACGCUGAUCGUCAAAGUUCCCGCUUCAUUGAAUGCACCUGCUGCAGAGUCAAGCUGUAGUAAAAUGAUAAUGGCUGAAGAAGUUCAUAAGAGGUUGAAGACAUGCAGAAGGAUCACAGUUGUCAAGUCAGCCAUCAGUGACAACACAAAAAAGGAUGACGUAUUUGCAAUUUGUACCGUUUCCUGUAUUAAAUUCUCUUAGAACGCGAUGAAAGCAGCUUGCAACUCGUAGCUAACUUCGACACGGGGUUCUUUUUACGUACGGGCGCUGACCGUAAGCACCCUUUGUGCACCGUUAUUAAGGUUCUUCAGUGAGUCACCACAGCCCCAUUUCAAUCAACGUUUCCAGGAACCUUUAUUAUUUUUAACCAGGUGAAAUGAUCUGGUUUGCGUUUCCAUCGGACCGCUAACUUCCUGAAAAUUAUGUUCAGAUCAGACCCCUCGGAAGCACCUGGGAGUCUGAAAAGACCCUCGCUGAGCCGUGUUUUUUUUUCUUUUUUUAAAACCGGAUACAUGCCAAGAUUUAUUUUGAAAUUCCAGGUAAAUAAAAAAAGGGGAGCAGGUGGUCGGGUCAGUUCCAAUCGCUUGUUUUACCAGGCCUCGUUGUGACCAUGUGGUCUGACAAGAUAGUGGUUGCCAUGGUGGCCUCUCUCUAUCUCGCCUGCCUUUUGCAAACAGUGACGUCUGGGCUGGUCAGUGCUCGUGAAAAACCCCAAAAUACCUCAGUUUUUAUCUGUUGUAGUAUUUCUGUGUUCUUUAAUUCUCCUCUUCCGUUGAUGACGUGUCCGAAGCUGUGCGGUCACGGACGAUCCAUGGACGGAAGUCGCCGACUGCAUCGGGCACGAGUUUGACGACCGUAUGUUCUCUCAAGCUAUCUCGACACGUAAUGCACAGAUCCAGUUGAAGCUUUGUUUUGCCGAGUAUUUUGUAUCACACUUAUUCUUUGUACAUAGCCUUUUUUGGGAUAGCACAGGUUAACGCCCUCUUGUGUUUGAGUUUAUGGUAAUUGGGAUGCGCUUCACGGAAAAGCACGGAACCGUUCACACUGUUUGGUUACGAGGAAAAGCCGUUUUGUAAAUUCAGAUGGCGGCGUCAAAGAAUGUUCGGAUAAUCUGGACGUACACGUUCCCAACGCUGUGUGUUUGUGUUGUCCUCCCCAGUUAUAUGAAGCUCUGUUAUUUGUUGUUCAGUUUCUCAUUUGUUCCAGUGUGGAAUACAAAGUACCACCACGCACCUUUUACAACCGUGUGUUUGCCCUUAUAUAGUUAAAUACUGAUAUGAGUAUAUUUUUGUAGCUUUUACUAAGUUGUUUUAGUCAGCUGAACUCAAUUUGGUAUAUUCAGAUAACAUAAAAAAUAAGGAAUAUUUAUUUCCUUUACUUUAUAAGGAUACUUUUUUGUAACGCAAGUACAUUUUUCUCUGGGCAAAGUGCAGUAUUAGUAACUGUCCAUCAUGUCAUGUGAGCCUUUUCCUCUGCAGUAUGUGAUGCCAGACGGUGCCUGUUGGGUUUUUACACCCAGGCAUCCAUCCUCAGAUGUACAUAGUCUGUGUCCUUUUGUUUGUUUUUAGCUUCAUGUGUUUGCCAGAUAUCACCAUAAGCUGUUCUUCCCUUCCUGCCCUUGUACGUUUCUGUAACAUAAUAAAUACUAUUUUAUCACACAA